UGGAUACCAUUCCUUCGAUAAUUGUUGUAGCAAUUAGUAGCAUAUCAUUAAUUUUACAAACUAUUCACAAUCGAAAAAACUAUGUUGAAAUACCAUCAGACGAGGUUCCUGAUGAUAUAAUCACUAUAACAGCUACAUCAAUUGCUAUCACAACUCCAAUGGGUCCACCAAUAUUUCAAAAUGGAAGAGCUGUUUGUUCAAUCGAGUAUUGUUCAAUAUGGGAAUUUAUCACUUAUUCCUCUGUUUCUAAAUUAGUUUUCAAAGCUUACAAACAAGAGACAUUCAGUGAUGAUGAUCUCGAUUUACUUCCAUUUGCUCUUCAAGCUAGAUCUUUAUAUAAUGGGAUGCUUAAUUCUGAAAUCUAUUCAAAAAGUUUAAGACGAAUCGAUUCUCAUGUUUCCGUUGUAAAAGAUGAAACUGAUAAAUCUGAGGAUAAUUUAGAUGAUGUUGAUGAUAGUGAUUCAUCCGUUGGCAAGAUUACUAAUCUUAUGUCAAUUGAUUCAAAUCGUGUUCAUGAAUUCUCUAUCUGGUGGCCAUGCGCAAUUGAUAGUCCAAUAGAAUUAGCUGUUGGUGUUUACUUUUUGUAUCAAUUAUUGGGUGUUUCUUGCUUGCUCGGUUUGUCAGUUAUGAUUAUUACACUUCCGAUUAAUCAUCAAACGGCCAAGUUAUAUGCAAAAACCCAAGACAAACUUAUGAAUGCCAGAGAUCGUAGAGUGGGGCUUAUGAAUGAACUUACAGCAGCAGUUGCUUUUACUUCGAUAGUUAUUUUCAAUGAACUUCGAUUUGCACUUAAUAUUUUACCUGAAGUUUUUACUGUGGCACUUCAAACCCUGGUCAGUUUACGUAGAAUAGAAAACUUUCUAAAUGAAGAUGAAAUCGAUAUUCCACCUGAAAAUAAUUAUCCUCUUAUUACAUCGAUCUCUUUUGAAAAAGCAACU